GGUUUGAUUAUUUCGGUCUGGUUCGAGGACGCACACAGGAAGUAGGCAAGUUGUUGGUAACUAUCUGCAGCUGAGCUCAUUGACCUGGGCCAGUUACCGCCAAAAAAAAUCACGACAUUUCUAACAAUGUCGCAAUUGUUUUUGCCGAACCGCUUUAGUGCCACUCGUCCUCUGCUGUCAGCACGAGAGUCUCCUUUGUUGUUGUCGCUUCGAGCCGGAGCGCGGGUGAAGCAGCAGCAGCAGCAGGCGUCAGAUAAACGCAGUGUUUUUAUUCAGCAACAAAGACGAUAUGUCGGGGGGUCAAACGCAGGCUUUUCCAAGUACCGGGCAAAGUCCAGGAUUUGGAUGUGUGGGCUUGGUGUGGGGGUUGCCCUGGCUGUCGGACUGAAAUACGCAGCCAACAGUUCGUAUGAUGAUAAAGUUGAAGGAGCAGAGCGGAGUCAUCGAUACAGCGCUGCAGUUAAAGUUAGCAGAGACCUUGUGGAGCGGAUAAAGGUAGGCACGGAGGCUGAGGUCGGGGCUCCUGGGUUGGUGGUUGGGGUCUCUGUGGAUGGUGCUCAGGUCUGGUGUGAAGGGUUCGGUUAUGCCGAUUUGGAGAACCGUGUGCCGUGCAGCCCAGAAACAGUGAUGCGAAUCGCCAGCAUCAGUAAGCCUCUCACAUCUGCAGCCGCUGCACGACUGUGUGAGGAAGGGAAACUAGAUCUCGAUCUCCCAGUCCAGAAAUAUGUCCCAGAAUUUCCUCAGAAACAAUUUGAUGGACAGGAUGUCACAAUAACCCCUCGUAUGAUUCUCUCCCACCUGAGCGGUAUACGACACUACGAGAAGGAUGCAGAGAAGGUGAAAGAGGACAAGGAGAAAGCAAAGCGACUUUUAAAACCACCAGUUAAAAAGAAAGAGGAUGAAAAGAACUCUUCUGAAAACAAAGAUAAAUCCACUACAGAGCAGAACACUAAAGGCAAAGAAGCCACUCAGGCUCAGAAGAAAAAAGAGUUUGACCACGAGGAGUACUACUUGAAGGACAACUUUGAAAGUGUCACUCAGGCCUUGGACCUCUUCAAGGAUGACCCGCUCAUUUUCAAACCUGGCACCACUUUUUUGUACUCCACCCAUGCCUUUACCCUGCUCAGUGCUGUUGUGGAGCGAGCUGCUGGACAGCGCUUCCUGGAUGUCAUGACAAAUAUGUUUCGUGAACUGGGAAUGCUCAAUACUGUGCCUGAUGAGAAUGACCCUAUUAUUUACCACCGCUCCAGAUAUUAUCAUCUCAACAAGAGAGGACGCGUCGUUAACUGCCCGUAUGUAGACAUCUCCUACAAGUGGGCAGGAGGCGGCUUCCUUUCCACUGUGGGAGACCUGCUGCUGUUUGGUAAUGCUCUUCUCUAUAGCUACCAGGUGGCCCACCUAAAGGACACAGAGGGCCUGCUGCCCGGUUUCCUCAAACCAAAAACUGUCGUAGAUCUGUGGGUGCCAGUUGACAGGACAGAGGCCACCUGGGAUAAAGAUGGACUGUACGCCCAAGGCUGGCUGGUAGUGGAGAAGCUGCAGAAAUACGGUCAGUGCAGGAAACGCAGACACUACGUGUCGCACACAGGUGGCGCUGUGGGGGCCAGCAGCGUCCUCCUGGUGUUACCCAGUGAGGAGAUAGACCAGUACCGAGGACAGAUCCCCCUCCUCCCACAGGGAGUGGUGGUCACCAUCAUUACUAACAUGCAGUCUGUGGGACUCAAUAGCACAGCACUGAAAAUUGCACAUGAGUUUGACAAAGCCAGAUGCCAGUAAGAGUAAGUUGUUUACAGAAAUGCGUGAGUUUACAUUUUACUGAGAAGUAUUUCAGGUGAACCUUGUGAUCUUGUGUGAUUUUUAUACAGCUUUUAAAUUUGUCCAGAGGAUGUUUUAGGAAAUGAAAUAAAACCUUAACAUGUAUUUUAUAUACAUUUUAUGAAUUGCAAAGUGAAUUCAAAAUUAUUUUAAUCCACUUGGCAGGGAAGCCAUUCUGCCACUAGGUGGAAGCAGUUUACUGCAUUUCUAACCCAAAAAGGAGGCCACUGACCCAUGAUAACAGUCUGUUGGCUUUAGACUGAAGGUAAUGUAUUACAUUAAAAGCUAACAGAGCAAUCUGGUACCUUUUUAAUACAUCCUUAUUAUAGAUACAAAAGUGUUUCAUACACAAUGGAAAGAAGCUAGUUGCUAUACAAAGCAGCAUACUAUGGCUCCAGAGUUUGUGCGUCACAUGUAGUGACCUUUUUAGGGCCCACCCUGCCCAGAUAUUUCCUCAUAGCAUCUUGAUGUGCUUUUGGAAAUGUGUGUUGAAUACUGUUGCUCUGUCAGUAAUCAGGGUAAAAACAUAAAGUGGCAUUUUCACAAUGUACUCACUGCUGUGCCAACUUUGUAGAUGACUUCUGUGUAAUGUCUUUGUUAAAACUGACUUCAGCCACAAACACAA